UUUUCUUUAUUUAUUUAUUUUUUAUUUUAAAUUAAAAAGUGGAGUCAAGUCAACACACGAAGAAGAAGUCAAUUUCAAUAUAUAUUAUUAUCUUGUGGAAAUUCUGCAAUUUGGAGAAUGUAUAUUUUAAGUCAAGUGGCUAAAUAUUUGUGUUAUGUAAGUCAAUUUUAAGACAAUUAAGUAAGAGCAUGGUUUUGACAAUUUGUUACCAUGAAAUUUUCAUAGUAAGAAUAUUGAUCAAUCUUGAAUUAUGCCAAUGUGGUAUGUUUGCUUUAUCUUCCUACACUACUCCGUUUCGUUGUCCGAUGCAAAAUACGCAAUCUUGCCGAACGAACCCCUCGGAGAAAACGAGACUCUCGUAUCUGCUAACGGAGUUUUCGAGUUGGGAUUUUUCAAAAACUCCGUUUCCGAGAAUGUCUUCGUCGGAAUAUGGUUCAAGAAUCUCCCGGAGAAAAAACCCGUUUGGGUGGCCAAUCGCGACAACCCGUUGGAGCAAAAAUACGUCUUCGCGAUAAGGUUCGACGGCAACUUGGUAGUAAUCGAUCGACGACAAGCACCUACGAUAGUCAACUCUCGGAACCUCGCCUCGAGUUCGAAUACUAGCGCCGAACUUCUCGAUAAUGGGAAUCUUAUUCUUAAACAAGGAGAUCAGAUUAUAUGGGAGAGUUUCAGUUUCCCAACCGACACUUAC